AUGGCUUUAAUUGUUCUCAACUUGGCUUUGAUGUACAACAAAUACGCCAAAACUUUUUUCACUGUUUUUGGUGUAUUCUUCGCAAAUUUUCUUGGUGUUCUAGCAGGUGUGAAUAUGAGUGAUGAUCUGAGGGAUCCACAACUUAGUAUACCUGUGGGUGAAUUAUCUGCAAUCGCUGUCAGUUCGAUGAUUAUUUUAUCAUUCAUACUACUUCUUGGAUCAUUGGUUAAUCGAGCAUAUCUAAUUUGUGAUACGUUAAUUGCUGAAAAAGUAUCAUAUACAGGAUUUUUAUAUCUUAUUGGACUUUAUGUUUCAUCAUUAAGUUCAACAGUUGGUACAUUAAUUGGUACUCCACGUGUUAUACAAAGUAUCGCUUCAGAGGGUAUCAUACCAAUUCUAAAUCCAUUAGCUAUUGGAGUAUGUUAA